GUUUAAGUAUAGCUUUGUUUGUGUCAGCUGAGGGAAAGUUGACUUGCACUUCAACCUCAGAAGUUGGGACCAAGGUGCUCUCUAGCUGAAGACAUGGAGAAGGUGCUGCUUGCACUCGGUCUGACAGCUGUAUUAGCUGUGAGCUCCAGCUCCCAGUACAAAAUUGAUAGGGUCACAGGUAGACAGCGGUUCAAUGAGUGGAAAGCAAAACAUGGAAAGUCGUACUUGUCUAAUGUGGAAGAGGAGUCCAGAUUUAAGAUAUAUCUGGAAAAUCUCGGGAAGAUUUUACAGUUAAAUGAAGAGUACAAAGGAAGAACUAAGUUUAUUGAUAAUCACUUUGCCGACAUAUCAGAAAAAGAAUUCCGCAAAACUGUUCUCAUGCCAAAAAGAACUGCACCAAAAUUCCCCAGAGAAAGAUAUUUAACCAGGGCUGUGAGAGAUACACUACCAGUGCAGUUUAACUGGACAACGCAGGGAGUGGUCACUCCUGUCAAAGACCAGGGGGCAGCGGGCACCUGCUGGGCUUUCAGCACCAUUGAAAAUCUAGAAGGUCAGUGGGCCAUGAAGGGCAAGCCUCUGACCAGUCUCUCUGUGGAGCAAGUAGUGGACUGUGACGGAACUGGGGACCCAGUAUUAGGACAUGGAGACUGCGGAGUGUUUGGAGGAUGGCCAUAUCUUGCCUAUCAGUACAUCAAGAAAGCUGGUGGCAUAGAGUCUGAGGAAUCUUACCCAUACUGUGCCGGAGGGGGUGGAGCCCCGGGGACAUGUGAGGUGUGUCCACCCCCAGGGUAUAACAACACCCUCUGUGGGCCCCCUGUGUGGUUCUGUAACAUGACCGUCAGUUGUGGUCACAAGUAUAAUCCAGCCAAGUUUGUACCAGGUCUGAAGGUGGCUGACUGGAAAGCGAUACCUGAGAAUGAAACUAUCAUAGCUGAAGCCUUGAUGUCUGUAGGACCCCUUUCCAUAGCUCUUAAUGCAGAAAUGCUGCAGUUUUACCACUCUGGCGUCUUUAAUCCUAUUUUCUGUAGCCCGGAAAAUCUUGAUCAUGCGGUGUUGCUGGUUGGAUUUGGCACUCACAAGGGCUGGUUUGAGACAGAGGAUUACUGGCUUGUGAAAAACUCCUGGGGACCAAAAUGGGGAGAGAAAGGAUAUUUUAGAAUUCUUCGUGGAAAAGGAAAAUGUGGAGUGAACACACAAGUUACGACAGCAGUACUUGAAUAAUCUGCAUAUUGUGAUACAAAAAGCAGGGGAUCCAGGAUUUUUUUUGGGGGGUGGGGGGUGAAAGGGACAAUGUUAAAAAAAAAAAGAUUUUUGCUCAUUUUGUAAAUAUUUUCUAAUUGACAAAGACUAUUUAAAUGUGAUGUGCUGAUCAGAGACGCAAAUUUUUCCCGUUUUUUUUUUUUUUUUUUUUUUUUU